GCGAGACUGGGAUGCAAAAAUACUCGUGCUUUGUCAUGGCAGAAAAUAACAACAUGUCAGUUUGUUGAUAGUCGAUAGAACGGAAUUUUAUUUUUGUGACGUCCAUUGGUAUACCCAGAAGCACAAUAUCACGCGUGCAAGUUUACGUUACACCUCAGGGGUCACACCCCGAACCGGCAUGCGCGCGCAUGUGAAACGACGUAUCUUCGACUUCCGGGGAAGUUCUGGCAGACCGUGAUCACCAUUACGUCAACACAGCACCAACUGAUAUAACCUGUGAGAAAAAAAAAACAUGUAAAUAGUAACAAUGACCACUUUGUGUGUAACUUUACAAAUCUUCCUCGUUCUGUUGGUGUCGGUUACAGUUGCCACGGAUGUAACUACAAAGGAUGAGGACCAAGUGAACACUAUCGACAGCAAGUUUUUAGCAUCUAUUUAUAAUGGCAUAGGUCCAGUGUUAAACCCACCUCUAGCAGAAAACACGAUCGAAUUGGAAUUACCGAUACCUGAGCAGAUACAUAUUGCUUAUGGCGACGUAGCGUCUGAAAUGAUAGUCAUGUGGUCUACCCCUAUACCUGCUUCAUCACAAGUACUGUAUGGUCUGGCACCCAAUAACUUCUCUCUUAGUGUGUCUGGAGAUUCUGUUGAUUUCUUUGAUGGCAACCCGGACGGAUUACAUUAUUUACAUCGUGUUAAAUUGUCUAAUUUAAUAGCUGGACAGAAUUAUUCUUAUAAAGUUAGAAGUGAUAAUGAGUUGAGUGAUGGAUAUAUAUUUACUGCAAUGAAAGAUGGACAGGAUUGGUCUCCUGUAUUACUUGUCUACGGUGACAUGGGUAGGAUUGGAGGUGCUCCUAGUCUGAAAUUACUACGCAAAGAAGCCGCUUCAGGAUUGGUUGAUGCAGUCUUACAUGUUGGGGACUUUGCAUAUGAUUUGCAUACCGAUGGAGGAAAGAUUGGUGAUGACUUCAUGAAUCGUAUACAGAGUAUAGCAACUCGUAUCCCCUACAUGACAGCAGUUGGAAACCAUGAGAUCGAGUUUAAUUUCAGUCAUUAUAGAUAUCGUUUUUCCAUGCCCAAUUCACCAUGGCCCAUGCCUCUUGAUAACAUGUGGUACAGUUUUAACAUGGCUAAAGUACAUUUUAUAAGUUACUCCACAGAGGUGUACUUCACCGAUGAUAAUCUCAUAGAUGUACAGUAUCAAUGGUUAUUGAAUGAUUUACAAGAAGCAAAUCAACCUGAAAAUCGUUUGAAAAGACCCUGGAUUAUAGUUUAUGGACACAGACCAAUGUACUGUUCAAAUGCAGACUCAGAUGACUGUACAACUUUGGAUUCUAAAGUUAGAAACGGAUUAGAGGAACUGUUUUUCACUCAGGGAGUCGAUCUAAUUAUUGAAGCACAUGAACACUCCUAUGAGCGCCUCUACCCUGUGUACGAAGGCAAGGUUUUGGGCAAGGACUACACUAAUCCUAAAGCACCUAUACACAUCAUUAGUGGAGCGGCUGGUUGCAAUGAAUUUGAUGGUGUCUGUGUCAAUGCUAUGUUAGGACCUAGAGGAGAUUGGUCAGCAUUUCGAGCAUGGUUGCCAGGGCUUUAUGGUUUCGGAAAAUUACAUAUCGUUAAUGAAACACACAUCUUUUGGAAACAAGUAUUAGCUCUGAAUGGACAAACUAUUGAUUCUGUAUGGAUUGAACAACAUAAUCAUGGACCAUUCAACAUUGCUGACUUUGACUUUGAAAUUGAAAAUAAUGAUGAAGAAGAGGAUGCUUGGUGGUUGUCAGAUUAACAAUUAUGCACACAUCUCUGCUAACCACCCUUCCUGCAACUUUUAAGCCAUCCAUACAUGUUAGCCGUCAAGUUUUGCUUUCCAUCUACCCCAGCUUACAAUCCAUCCAUGCUUGCCAGCCCUGCUAGCAAUCUCGGCUAACCAUUCGUCCAUGCUGGUCAUAAAUCAUACAUUCUUUAGUAGCCACCAAUCAUUUCUAGCCAUGCAUCAAUCAUGCUAAACCACCAAUCUGUAUUACUCAGAUUUCUAUCAAUGUACAAUUUCCAGCCAGCAGCUGAAAGUCCAUUUUUAUUCCUGCCCUCAAUAUUACGGCGUCCAUCUGCUAUCACUGUCACUGAUAUACCUUGCUAUGUUGUAGGUCACAUCCAGCCGUCCACUCCUUUUGAUGUUUCCUCUUCGUUAUCCAUUAAUCGUUUCUCUGAGUCUUUCCCUACUCUUCAUCCCUGGCUGACUGCCAUCAUUGUUCGCUACCUUCAGCUUUUCUUGCUAGCCUGUUGGUGACUUGGUUAAAAUAUUCAUCAAGAAUUAUAAAUAUAGAUGUAAAUCCUUGACACAGUGAAAGUUUGAAAUGAAGUCCAGAAUGUCCAGCUUAUGUAUUGAAUUAUUACUUCAAUAAUCAAAAUGAAUGCUUCAUAUAUAUAAUAUACUUUCAUUAACACAUAACAUCCCUUGGAAGAGGUGAAAAAGGCUACAAUUGAAAAUAAAAAAAAAAAAGCUUAAAUAAAUAUAAAAAAAACCUAAAUAAUGCAAGGCAAACCAAUUAUUUGCUUCUAUGUUGAAUACUUAAUAAUCAAAACAGCUCAAGAGGUCAUGACAUGUCAUCACUGAUCAUGAGCAAAUCAAAUUUACUUUC